AUGGCAGGAAGGAAUGAUGUUGCUCUUGCUGCUGCACUACAAGCUAUGGCGCAGUCGGUGCAGAAUAACAACAAUCAGAAUGCUGGAGAUCUACAGUUUUGCAACUUAGAGAGGUUCCAGAGCAACAAACCGCCUAAGUUUGAAGGUGGUAUCAUUGAUCCAGAAAAUGCACAGAAAUGGCUGAAGGCUAUUGAGAAGAUCUUCAGGACCAUGGGAUGCAAUGUGGAUCAGAAGGUACAGUUUGGUACGCACAUGCUGGAAGGUGAAGCUGAGGACUGGUGGGAUAACAGUCGUCAGAGAAUGGAAGUUGCAGGUACUACUAUUACUUGCGUAGUGUUUCGGGCUGAGUUUCUAGAAAAGUACUUUCCGGAAGAUGCUCGUAGCAAGAGGGAGAUUGAGUUCCUAGAAUUGAAGCAGGGGAAUAUGACCGUUGAUGAGUAUGCUGCUCGAUUCGAGGAAUUUGUGAAGUAUUGUUCCCAUUACAAUACCAAUGAGGCUAUGAAUUCCAAGUGCAUCAAGUUUGAGAACGGGCUGCGUCCCAAGAUCAAACAGGGUAUUUCUUGUCAGAAGAUAAGGAACUAUCCAGAGCUAGUGAGCAGAAGCAGAAUUUAUGACAAUGAUAACAGAGCCAGGAUUGCACAAUACAAAGCUGUGAACGAUCGAAAGGGUAAGCAUGAUUGUGGGAAACCAUACAGUGCUCCUGCUGAUAAAGGAAAACAGAAAGAUUUAGAAACCACCAUUGUUAGGUUUUUGCAAGCUCCGAAUUGGGGGUGCUGUAGUUAA